AUGCCAUAAAAAUUAAAAUAUUUUUAUCAAAAAAAAAGCUUUUAUAAGAAUUUACAAAAUUUUUUUAUUUAACUAUUAAAUAGUAUUUAUUUUUGUAAUUAAAUAGGUAAUUAGCUAACUAUCUUAAUCUAAAUUAUUUAAUACACUUUUGAUUAGAAGAACUUUAAAUAACUAAUAAAUAAAUAAUUCACUGAUUUAAUUAAAUAAAAAUAAAAUAAAUUUAUAUAAUAUAAUUGUAAUUAAUAAAGUUUUAUUUCAGUGAAAAUGUUGGUAGAUAAAUAGAUACAUACAUUAUUCAUACAUUUAUUCAUAUGUCAUAUUAAUUUUUAGCAAUAAAAAAGAGAACAAAGAAUAAACAAAGCAAACACUCUGAAAUAUCUUUUAAAGAUAUCGAUUAAAUUAUUAAAAUUGAUUAUAAAGAUAUUGAUUAGAUUUGGUUUGGCUUGGCUUGGUUUCUUUUAUGCAAAAUCAAAAUCAUUCAUUUUAAAAUUCAAUUCAAUUAAAAUAAAGAAGAAACAAACAAACAAAUAAAGAAAUAAUUAAAAAAGAAAUAAAUAAAUUGAAUGCUUUCAUAUAUGCUAAUUGGCCUUGAAACAAUAAAUAAAAAAAUAAAUAAAAUAAAUUAAUUAAUUAAUAAAUGAAUAAACAUGA